UUACUCCAAUAUGAGUCUGAAGACAGGGUUUGUGGUCCUCCUUCUCUGCAUGCCAGGGCUGCUCAGUGCUGAGUGGGGGGGGACCUACACUGAGAAGGAGAUCUGUGCAAUUAAAGGAUCCACUGUGAAGCUUCAGUGCUCCUUUAAGUUCCCGCCCACAGAAGACGGGCGUGAGAUCAAGGUCAAGGAAACAUUUUGGUUCAACAAAGAUUCAAAUGAAGAUCUAAGAUUGGACCCUCAGUACUUUGGUAGGAUACAGUCUGAGUGUCAUGGCAACAUCUGCAGUCUGACCAUCGCAGACGUGAGACGGAGUGACGAGUACACGUUCAGAUUCACAACUAACCAUUCCAGAGGAGACUUCAUCGUCACGCCUGGUGUCAAAGUGACCGUCACUGAUCUGAAAGUACAAGUGCCCUCAAGUCCCAAUGUUAUUGGGAAAACUCAUUGGUAUGAUCUGAAGUGUGUCAGCACCACUUGCAGUCCUUGGUCUUCUUCUUCAUAUGUCUGGUAUAAGAAUGGAGAGGAAAUCCAAAAUGAAAAGUCCCAAGUGUACACAGUCAAACAUGAGUACAAAGGCAGUUACUCCUGUGCUGUAAGAGGACACGAGCAAGCUGCGUCUCCUCCAAAAUGUGUGGUGUACAUGUCAUGUAACAAGGUGGUUUACUCCAAGAGACACAUCUGUGCCAUCCAAGGAUCAUCAGUGGACAUUAAAUGUGAAUACACGAGCUAUGAAUAUACCCAGACACAAUUCUGGUACCGUACGGAUUCUAGUCACUGGAGGAAUCCCUCCAUGACUGAAGAUCUCUGGUCAGACCCUCAGUAUGAAGGUCGUGUUGAGUUACCUUCAGAGACUUCUGGAAAAAGCACACUGACAAUAAAAGAUGUGAGCCAGAAUGAUUCUGCUGAGUACCGCUUCAAAUUCACCACUUAUGAAGGUUUUGAAUGGAGGAGUAUUUUACCUGGAAGCACCUUGACAGUAGCAGCUGUGCAGGUGCAGGUGAUGUCAGUCACAGUUGAAGAUUCUCACCUUGUUGCACAAAUGUUGUGUCACACAAGCUGCCUUCCGGAAGCUCCUUUGUCUUUUGUGUGGCGGAAGAAUGGAAAGUAUAUAACGAAUGGAACCAAAGUAGAAGUCACCUUGUCACCUGGAGACUACAUCACCUGUACUGCACAACAACAUCAACAUAUCAGCAUCUCUCCUCACCUGUAUGUUCUGAAAAGACCUUCAGUGUCUCUGAGUCAUACUGGUGACAUAUUGGAGGGUCGUCCACUGACACUGACCUGCUACAUCGAUGUCCCAGCAACAGUUGAUUACUGCUGGUACAAGAAGAAGAAGAAUGUGUCUUCAGAUGAUGAAGUCCUCAGAAAAGGUCGACAACUGGUCUUCAAGUCCAUCAAGUCUUCAGACUCAGCAGAGUAUUGGUGUACUGUGGAGAACCAGCUGGGGAAGAAGACAUCAGAACCCGUCUUCAUUGAUGUCCAAUAUCCUCCCAGGUCGUCUUCUAUGUCUGUCCAUGAGGGACAGUUCGGGACUCUGACCUGCAGCAGCGAUGCUAACCCGGCCGCCAGCUACACCUGGUACAAGGAGAACAUGUCGUCUCCUCUGGCAUCAGGUCAGACGCUGACCAUCAAAGACAUCAGUCCAGGUCAGACCCUGACCAUCAAAGACAUCAGUCCAGCUCAGAGGCUCACCAUCAGGAACAUCACAGAGCACGGUGGCCAUGAUUAUUACUGUGAGGCCAACAACAGCAGGGGGCGCCACAUCAUUGGUGUGCACGUGAGCGUGAAUGGAAUGUCCUGUAGAACGAUAAACAUCAUCAGGCUGUUCUGUUCUGCUGUUGUGUUCGUGGGCAUCCUGAUCAUCCUGACUCUGCACUUCAGGACGACAACGUCUCCCUCGUCCACCGCAGAUCCAAAUGAGCUCGUCCAGACUGCAGAGCAGCUGGACCAUGGCGUCUAUGAGAACAUUCAAGCAGAAGACGCGCUGUGACGGCCAUCUUGACCAUGAACAACAAAGUUGUUUUAAAAUAUUCAUAUUUUCACUUCCUGUGUUGGAAUGUCUAUCACUGAGAGAAAAUAAUACAAAUACUUUACUUAUGCACAGACAAAGGAACAGAGGAUAACCCUCCGACCCUCCGAGCGUGGCGUUAUAAUUGAUAAUAUAAUUGACAGUUGUGGUCUUACACAAAUACAUGAACCCACACAUCGCAACGGUAAUACGAUUGAUCUGGUUCUAGUCCGGGGUGUUGCCACUUUUAAAGUUGUUGUACUCCUGUGCUCCAAAGUCAUGCCCGAUCCCUACCUCAUAAAAUUUGAAGUUCUGACCCAUUGUCAAUAUUCUGAUAAUAACCAAUGCUUUAGCAGUCGUAGCAUUAAUGUUGCUAAAACCACGACUCACUCUGGCACUCGUUAAUGGCAGCAUUCCAAAAUGAUGUGGACUCUAUCGAUAGCCUUACCAACGACUUUAAUGUUGACUUUAAUGCCAUUGAUAGUAUAGCACCGCUAAAACUGAAAAAGGCCCCUAAGAGGCACACCCCCUGGUUCACGGAAGAAACCAGGACGUAUCUUUUUUCACUCUGACCGUAACUUAGGUACAAGCUGGCUCACUAGAUUCCACACUUUCUGCUUUUUCUAUUGUGGAUCACGAUUUGUAUUUUGUAUUAUAUCCUCUUGAAAAUGAGAGUCGAGAACGCGAAAUGGACAUUCACAGUGAUUUUUAUCUACAUGACAAUACAUCAGUGAAGCACUAUAGCUACGGAGCUAACGUGAUAGCAUCGUGCUUAAAUGCAGAUAGAAACAAAAGAAAUAAGCCCCUGACUGGAAGGAUAGACAGAAGAUCAACAAUACUACUAUCAGGAGACACGGAACCAAACACUGGACAUGUAACUACACGGUUAAUGCUGUGCCGCCUGUCGAAGCCUAGCAAUGCUGUUGCUAACGACGCCAUUGAAGCUAACUUAGCUAUGGGACCUCGUCAGAGCUAUGAUAAAAACAUUAGCGCUCCACGUACGCCAGCCCUUAUCUGCUCAACAACACCCGUGCUCACCUGCGUUCCAGCGAUCGACGGCGUGACGAAGGACUUCACCCGAUCAUCGAUGCGGUCGGCGGCUAGCGUCGGAUAGCGCGUCUGCUAUCCAAGUCAAAGUCCUCCUGGUUGUGUUGCUGUAGCCAGCCGCUAAUACACCGAUCCCACCUACAGCUUUCUUCUUUGCAGUCUCCAUUGUUCAUUAAACAAAUUGCAAAAGAUUCACCAACACAGAUGUCCAGAAUACUGUGGAAUUUUGCGAUGAAAACAGAGCUGUUUGUAUUGUGAUACAAUGUGUCCCAAUACUUCUGUUUCAACGAUUGACGUCACGCGCAUACGUCAUCAUACAUAGACCUUUUCAACCGGAAGUUUAGCGGGAAAUUUAAAAUGGCACUUUAUAAGUUAACCCGGCCGUAUUGGCAUGUGUUGCAAUGCUAAGAUUUCAUCAUUGAUAUAUAAACUAUCAGACUGCGUGGUCGCUAGUAGUGGCUUUCAGUAGGCCUUUAAACUCAGAACCCGCAGUUCAAAUGUAAAAAAAAAUCUGACUGGAAAGUAUUUGUUUGGUUAAAUUAGGUUAAAAGUAGAGUUGAGCAAUAUGGUAAGAAAAACAUAUUAAGAUACAUCGUAUGUAUAUGAAUGAAAUCACUAUUUUGUCAUGUUUUAAUGUUAAAUUGUUAGAAGUGAGAUGAAAAGAUGAAAAGGAGAAAAAUAUAUCAAUUGUAAACAUGUUUUGGUCGGUUACCAGAGAGUGAGUGCCUGUGUUCAUGCAACCAACCUUGCUUUGCAUCUUCUGCUUGCUUUCCACGAAGAAGAAGAAAAAAAAAUAAUGGCCAAACGUUUUAUGGAAGCUUUUUUUUGUGUGACAUUGAUUACAUGUCUAUCGUAAUAUACUGUAUGUAGAUGUUGUUUAAAUUGUUUUAAAUAAAUGAUCAGUAUUG